UAUUAUCCUUCCUUUUACGAAAACAUUGUCUUCUUCUGUUCACCUAUUAACCCUAGUCGCCUCCAUUCUCCAGAUGCAUCAAAAUCAAAACUAAAAAAAUGGUGGAAAGUGAAGAACAAAAGCGCAGUCCCAUAAUCCAAAAGAAGUUGAUGGAAUCAAAUAGCCAAAACAUGGCUACACUUAUAAGUCCUAGAUUCAAAUCUGCUGCUGCUAUGGCUGGUUGGGAUGAAGAAGCACUUUUACUUGCAACACUCAUUGUUGAAGACACACCUGUUAGGGAUUCUAAACACAAGAAACGUUUUGUUUUGAAUUCCAAAUCCCCACAUAACAAUUCGUCAAGGAAACGUAGAGUUCUGAGGAAUCCACGUCCAAUUGUUCUUGAUCUUGAUGAAGAAGAAACUCCAAAAAAGGAUAAUGGGAAAAAGAAGAAAGAAAAGAAAAAUUGUGUUAGUGAAGGAAUUAAUAAAGUGGAAGAAAAUGAAAAUAAAUUGACUGAAAAGAAUUCUACUACUGCUUCUGCUCUUCCAUGUAUUGAUAAACUAAGGGAAGAGCUUUCAUGUGCAAUUUGUUUGGAGAUAUGCUUUGAGCCAAGUACCACUCCUUGUGGUCACAGCUUUUGUAGAAAAUGUCUGAGAUCUGCUGCAGACAAGUGUGGCAAAAAGUGUCCCAAAUGCAGGCAAUUGAUAAGCAAUGGACGAUCGUGCACGGUGAACACGGUUCUGUGGAACACAAUUCAACUUCUUUUUCCACAAGAAAUUGAAGCAAGGAAAGUAAUGUCUACUACUAAUAAUAGACAAGCAGCAUCUCAGAUUGUAAUUCCAGAAACAACAUUUUAUACAAAUACAAGGAAUAGAAGUAUACAGCCAAUAUAUCCAUCAAGUAGGCGAAACGAUAUCGAUGAGGAUGCUGCAUUGGCUAGAAUAUUACAAAGACAAAUUGAUACAACAACAACAAGGGUUCAUAGGAAUCAAACCUCAUCAUCAUCAUCAUCAUCAAAUAAUGUUGGAAGAGUAAGGACAAGAAGAGGGGUUUCUACUAACCAAGAUGAAGAUGCUGCAUUUGCUUUAAGAUUGCAGAGAGAAGAGUUUCUGCAAGCUUUUAAGAGUAACAGCAGUAGCAACCAUGAGGAACAGCCAUCUUCCUCCUCAUCCACCACAUCUUUAGGUAGAGCAAAUUUGAGAGCUAUGGCAACUAGAGCCAUGAAUCUUCGUAAUAGUAGAAAUCGAAGGAUGUAAUAAUAAUAAUAAGGGAAAAUGUAUGAUUAAAUUGUAAAAUUUUAAAAAACAAAUUGAAAAAGGAGAAAUUAUUAUUAAUAUUGGUGGAAUUAAUGUACCAUAUCCCUUGAUACAACAAUGUCAAGCUUUUACUACUAAGGUGUCAUCUCGAUGAAUAUCUUGUUAUGCAA